AUGAAUGAAAUGAAUGAAAUGAAUGAAAUGAAUGAAAUGAAUGAAAUGAAUGAAAUGAAUGAAAUGAAUGAAAUGAAUGAAAUGAAUGAAAUGAAUGAAAUGAAUGAAAUGAAUGAAAUGAAUGAAAUGAAUGAAAUGAAUGAAAUGAAUGAAAUGAAUGAAAUGAAUGAAAUGAAUGAAAUGAAUGAAAUGAAUGAAAUGAAUGAAAUGAAUGAAAUGAAUGAAAUGAAUGAAAUGAAUGAAAUGAAUGAAAUGAAUGAAAAUGAAAUGAAUGAAAUGAAUGAAAUGAAUGAAAUGAAUGAAAUGAAUGAAAUGAAUGAAAUGAAUGAAAUGAAUGAAAUGAAUGAAAUGAAUGAAAUGAAUGAAAAUCCAUGCCAUCAAUCAAAUCCAUCCCAUCCAUGCCCAUCCAUGCCCAGCAUGCCAUCCAUCCCAGCCAUCCCAAUCCAUGCCCAUCCAUCCCAUCCAUCCCAUCCAUCCCAUCCAUCCCAUCCAUCCCAUCCAUGCCCAUCCAUCCAUCCAUCCCAUCCAUGCCAUCCAUCCAUCCAUCCCAGCCAUCCCAUCCAUCCCAUCCAUCCCAUCCAUCCCAUCCAUCCCAUCCAUCCCAUCCAUCCCAUCCAUCCCAUCCACAUCCACCCAUCCAUCCCAUCCAUCCCAUCCAUCCCAUCCAUCCCAUCCAUCCCAUCCAGCCCAUCCAUCCCAUCCAUCCCAUCCAUCCCAUCCAUCCCCAGCCCCAUCCCAUCCAUCCCAUCCAUCCCAUCCAUCCCAUCCAUCCCAUCCAGCCCAUCCAUCCCAUCCAUCCCAUCCACCCAUCCAUCCAUCCCAUCCACCCAUCCAUCCAUCCCCAGACGCUCAAACAACCCCAAACCAACCCACAACAAGCACCUGCUAAACCCCCCCCUACCCCCCAUCCCCUACAACCCCCGCAAGACCCCCCCCAUGCACCCGGCCACAACACGUAGACCAUGUGCCAACCAUGCCCCUGACCCCGCCCUAUGA